GCCUCAGUGCUCAUCCAUCCACCAUGAAAAAGGCGGAACGAGACGGCGACGCCUCCCACGGAACCGCCUCGAUUCGCUUCCUUGCUACGCCGAGCGAUCGAGAUCGAUAUCGGGAGCGAGACGAGAGCGGCGAUGGAUGAUAGCGCAUUCUCGGCGGACGAGAUCGGCGACGCUUUCUGGGCCGCCUCCCCGGACCCUUCGCUCGUCUUGAACCGGAGCUCCUCGGAGUGGCUCUUCGAGAAGUUCCUCGAGGAGGACACCGCCUCAAGUCCCUCCGACGUCGCCAACCCUGACCGGAGCGGGGUCGCCGUUGCGGCCGCCUCAGCCUCCGUCGUGGGGUCGAACUUCGGCGCGGGGAACCGGGAUCUUGGACGAGGAGCUGAUGGAGAUGUUGUGGAAGUCAAGGAGUCAGUUUCCCGGCCUCCGUACGAUAGGCCGGCUGCUGUCGAAUACCAAACGUUUCUGAAGCAGAAGCUGGACAUGUACUGCGCUGUUGUUGCCAUGUCUCGGGAUUCUACUGUGAAUUCACAAAAUGCUGGUUCUGCAGCUGACAUGUCUCCAAUUUCAGAUUCUUUGCCGCUUGGUUCUCAAGCACCCAUGAAGGGUGGUGGACAUGGUGGAGUUCCAGCUCUGUCCAAUCUACAAAAUUCAGUUACUCAGGGGAGGUUUGCUACCAGCAGUUCAUCUGAUGAUGAUGAAGAACUCGAGGGAGAAGAAACCAACGAAGAUGCAGAUCCUUCUGAUGUAAAGCGCAUGAGGAGAAUGCUUUCAAAUCGAGAAUCAGCAAGGCGCUCGAGAAGAAGAAAGCAAGCUCACUUGAGUGAGCUUGAGGCGCAGGUCUCCCAGUUAAGAAUUGAAAAUUCAUCGCUCUUAAACCGCUUUACUGAUAUUAAUCAAAAGUAUAGUGAUGCCGCAGUUGACAAUAGGAUACUAAAAGCUGAUGUCGAGACCCUAAGAGCUAAGGUCAAAAUGGCAGAGGAGUCUGUGAAGAGGGUUACUGGAGUUGGUCACCUGUACCCAAUGUUCUCCAACAUGUCGAAUAUCAGUUUACCCUUCACUGGAAGCCCAUCCGAUGCAAACUCUGAUGCUUCUGCUCCUCUCCAGGAUGACCUGAGCCAGUUUUUCCAUGUCUCACCGCAUUUCCAGAGGACUAACGCCGUUCUCCCAGAAAUUGGGAGUAGAUUGAGGGAUGGAGUCCACGGUGCCGUGGCUUCUGGCAAGAUCAUGGGCAGUGCUUCAGUGCAUCAGGUCGACAGCCUGGAGCAUCUUCAGAAGCAAAUCUUCGGAGGACCAAGCUCUCCCCUGCAAUGGGACACUGCCUCUUGGGAUGCCGAGAGUUCUAUAAGCAACAAUAACAAGAAGUAGCUAGCAGGUGUUGUGAAAGGAUGGACGUCGCUCAUAGUCGAUGUUCAUGUCGAUUAGUUUCAAACAAAUCUGUGCCUUCUCCGUUCGAUCAUUCCGAUCGACAUCAGUCUUAUGAAGUUUGCUUGUUAUCACUUCUAAUUCCCCUUCAAGUGAUCCAUCAACAUUCCAUGAUCAACAGGCAACAAGCUCCCUCUCCAAAUUGAAAAGGUACAAAUGCCUCGUCCUUUGCGUAAGUUUUUCUUCAAUUAGACCAACAGAAUGCGUGUAAUUUGUCUAAUGUUGAGAUGAUUUACUCAGUUUUGUUAAUAGAAGUUGAAUCUGACAGUUAGAUCAAGGGUUUUCAAAUAAAUUUAUAUGAAGCGCCUCUUCAUGUCAGUUUUGUUCAA